AUGAGGGAGGAGAGUGGGUAUGGCUGGUUUUUUGCAAGGAAGACGACGCUUGUUGGUUGCAAUUGGAGAAGAGGAGAAGACUCUCGCGGAGAAGACGAUGCUUGCUGGGUUAGCAAGGAAGACGUUCGCUGGGUUUUAGCAAGGAAGGACGCUCGCUGGCUGCUAGUUGACACGUGUCAGCAAAUUAGAGAGGGGACAUGGAGGGGACACCAAUUUGGGGACAGCGGAUCCGCUCCCGUUCCACAUAACCACGGUGGUUCUUAG